UCGCCUCUUCUUGGAUUCCAGAGCUUGUUUUAUUCCUCAGCAGCCUUUCUACAGACUGGUGGAUUCGGUCACAGUUGGAAAUUGUGAAACUGUGGUUUGUUUCAGAAAGAGAAGAAAGGAGAGUUUAAGUAUCGCUUUAGCAGCAGAUGGCUUUGCUUUGGAUUCUUUUAUACACAAAGGAGAUGUGUUUGCUGGCUUUGUAAUUAACUCAGAAAGGGAAAAGAAAAAUUGUUAAUGACAGUGUGGAUAUGACUUGAAUUUUUCAUCAGGUUCUCCACACUAUGGUAUUUAUUACUAGGAAUGAAGAAUGACCUCCUUCCAGUUACUUUUCCAAUAAUUCCUACUUCAAAAAGGAACUAAGGUUGGAAACAACCUCUUUCUGGCCAGAAAGCUGGUUGGGAGAUGCCUCACGAUGGAUAAAGCCAUUCAGCACUCCAGUGAGAUUCUGUCUAAUCAAACUAUCUCUAACAUCACCUAUUCUCAGUUUUUGAACUUUGAUACAUGCCGACCUUCCUUCCUUGCAGAAUUCUUGCUCAUUACAGCCUACACAUUAGUUACAAUAGUGGGGCUUUUUGGAAAUCUUUGCCUGAUGGUUCUAAUAAAGAGACGGAAAGACGCUCAAAAUGUUACCAACGUUUUGAUUGCCAACCUCUCUUUAUCAGACAUCUUGAUCUGUAUCAUGUGUAUUCCUGUCACAGUUGCGUAUACCUUAAUGGACUACUGGAUAUUUGGGGAAGCUAUGUGUAAAAUAACUUCUUUUGUACAAAGCGUAUCUGUCACCGUCUCCAUUUGCUCACUUGUACUGAUUGCUAUCGAGAGAUACCAGCUAAUUGUGAACCCACGUGGCUGGAAGCCUAAUAUUUCACACGCUUACUGGGGAAUUCUUUUCACCUGGGGGUUUUCCCUCAUAAUAUCCGUUCCUUUUUUAAUAUUUCACCAGCUAACUGAUGAACCCUUCAAACAUCUGUCUUUCCAUAGUGAUUUCUACAAGAACAAGGUUGCUUGCAUUGAAGCAUGGCCGUCUGUUACAGAGCGACUGAUUUUUACCACUACUCUGCUGUUUUUCCAGUACUGCUUCCCACUGGGAUUUAUUUUUAUCUGCUAUCUCAGGAUAUUUGUGUGUCUUUGGAGGAGACACAGUAAAAUAGACAGGAUGAGAGAGAAUGAGAGCAGACUGAGUGAGAACAAAAGGAUUAAUCUGAUGUUGAUAUCAAUUGUUGUGACUUUUGCGGCUUGCUGGUUGCCUCUCAAUAUAUUCAAUGUUGUUUUUGAUUGGAACUAUGAGGCGCUAAUGAGCUGUAAUCAUAAUCUAGCAUUUACAAUAUGCCACCUUGUGGCCAUGAUCUCAACUUGUAUCAAUCCCAUUUUUUAUGGAUUUCUCAACAAGAAUUUUCAGAAGGAUUUGAUAGUAUUAGUUCACCGCUGCAGAUGCUCAGCGUCACGAGAGGAAUAUGAAAAUAUUGCCCUUUCAAAUCUUCAAACUGAUGCAUCUAAGGGAUCUCUGAAAUUAAAUAAUCCUCCCGUGGAUAUCUAAAAUAAUCCAACAGCAGUUUCAAAAAUUUUGUAUUUUGUUGCACAUGACCCCUUUCUGUGGGUCUUGGUCACGUUACCGCUGAGUUUAGAGGAAGUCUUUACCAUUUAGUUCAGCAAAAACAGGAUUAUGCUCCCACAGGCAUAGUCCUAGCAAGUACUUCAUGAUAGUAUUAAUGCUAAUAAACCACUUCCAAGAGUCUUGAAGAUCAAUAAUAACAAAUUAUAAACAGUAUUACUAUUUUAGGAUUUUAAUCCACAAUUUCCAAGUCACUGUCAUGCCACUUUAGCACCAAUAAAAAUAUUCCCAUUUCAGCCACGGAUGCAGUUGUUCUUCCGAAACAUCUGGCUUCAUCCAAGUAAACUGAAUACUAUGGCAUUCCCGACUUGAUCAGCCUUUUCACAGACUAUUUUCUGUCUGUUCAAUUUUCCAACCCUACCCUGUUCCCACCUCUGGCUAAUCUGUACAAUAGUUUAUCAGCAGUUCACACUGUAAGGAAGCCUCUUCAGGUUAUCCUACGCUUCCACCAUCUUCCUUUCAGCCCCAACACGCAGUUUAUUUUGGUUUAGUACCAGUUCAACCUAGAAAUUAUAUUUUAACAAGGGAAAAGGCUUGAGCUGGCAUUCAGUUUGAUUUUUGUUUUGUUGUAUUAUUGGGUUUUUUUAAUGAGCAGUAAUACAGGCCCCAUUUGAUGUACUGCAAAUUCCACUCAGAUUGAUGUUGUUCAAGAUGAAAUACAUAUUUAGCAUUUCCCCUAAAAGCAUUGUAUUCCUCUCCAAACCACCAGUACAGAUUAUUGCUUUCUCUAUUGCCAUCAUCACAGGUCUCCGAAACAGACCUUUUAGAAUCUCCAUUAUCAAACAAGCACACUAUGAAUUCAGAGUAAAUUUUGGUUUAGCUACUUACUCAGAUUAUAGGUUCCUCUUUGAGUAGAAAAUUAGUUUGCCCUUUAAUUUCAGAAAUAUCUUUCCCCAUAUUCUUACACUGGCAAGAAGCCACUCUUGAGGCAGAUGUGAUCAUUUCUGCUAGCCUGUGUUUUAAAAUAGUUUCUUUUGUAACACAGUACAUAGAAGAGUAAAGGUGUAAUACUUAAUACAACAUUUCUCAAACAAAAACAUUUUUCAUAACACUUCCCAGUUUGGCCAUAAAAAAAUAACCAAACAUUCUUCACCCAUGCUACAGCUCCAACAUAAAUAUCAGUUAAUAUUGGGCUGUUUAAAUAAAAUACUUAGAACACUUUAGUCCAACAACUCACCAUGGUUUCUCUUGUUCAAGUUAAAUAUAAUUAAUCACCCGUAUUGGUAAAGCCUCUUUUUUUUUUUUUUUUUUUUUUUUUUUUUACAAAAAUCACGCUUGUUUCAACACGUACAUAAAAUUUCUUGUAAUUUAUUCUCUAACUUUAGCGAUUUACUGAUGCCCCACUUAAGCAAAAAGAAUUAACAUUCAGAUUACAAUCAGCUCCUUGAUGAUUCAGCUAUGAUGAAACAUACCUUAAGGCUAUAAAAUUCUCUUGGAUAGGGACCAUCGUUUUCUGUAGUCAUACAGUUCUUGCAGGAUUCUGUCAGGUCACCGUUCUCUUGUCCUGUUGCUACAGCAUUAGUGCAAAGUGUCUGCAUUACUCUACUACCAGAGGAGAUCCGUGGGAAGAGCCUCACAAGCUCUUGCAGAUGUGCUGGGUUGUUAAAUGUUUCCUGACUCCCGCUGAGCAAAAAGACCCCAUUGAAAUCUAUCAGGGACCCCACUGAAGUUGUAAGGGCAGCACUACUCACAGGAGCAAGGAUGGCAGAAUUACUGUCAUGGUAAUCAAGUAUUUGAGUGACAGGUAUAGUUUUGGCAUAAUUUAGUAUUUUUUUUCCUCAUUGGAUCAAAUAUCACACCCAUGAAGCGCAUAAAACAUAACUUCAACACCUGCCUUGUGCAUCAUAAAAAAAAAAAAUAGGAGACAGAUAAAUACCUGAUAAAAACUAAUGAUCAGACUGUUGAUAGUACCUUAGUAUUAAUUGUUUCUAUUAACUCCAAACAUCUGUCACUGGGCUCCCUUUCUUGCUGAUACACCCAGCUGGCUGUUCAGCACAAGAGGCGCUGAGCCCAGUAGAAAGCAGUGAGCUACAGUCAGCGACGCUGCCGAGGUGCUGUGAGUACUCCGAGUGGCUGGUGCGUGCCUCGGGGAAGGAGAGGUGAUGGAGUUGGUUCUCUGCUCCAUCGGUGAGACUCCAGGGUAAUCAAGUGAUUUAAUAUCUCCGUUUCACUUGCUUAAUUGAGAGCAAAUCUGAUCCAGGGUUUUCACUUUUCUUGGAGAUUCCAGGACCCAUACAGGAAGCCAUCUAAUAUUUUCAGAAAAUCAUUCACUGAACGGGGCAUUUUAACAAAUUACAGUGGCAUAUCUGCUAGAGGCAGGGUUAUCAGCUGGAUUUCUCUGAGUUUGGAACACAAUCUCUACCACCACUUCAUAUUUAAGCACCCUGUUUACAGCUUCAGGGCCCAUGCUUAAAGCAAUUUACAAGCACACGACUUUCACAAUAUAAUCUAAUUUAUUAAUAUUAGACACAACAGUUCAGAUUACUCUCAGUUCUCAUCGUGGCAAACAUUUCAGACAGUAUUUAGUGUCUGAAUCAGGCCCAGCUGAGAUUCCCAUGUGUGCACUUGGCCUAAGUGACUCCCGUACCAGUAUUCCCAUCCCGUAGGCACGUCCAAGUACACAUAGUUUUACAGCAGAAGUGCUUUUAGUAUCAUGCCCCCGGUGGUUUAAAUACAGCCAUGAAAUGAGAAAUAGUCUAAACUGUGGUCAGUGGGCAGCAAAAACUCUUUUGACCUUAUGAGAAGGCCAGGGAUGCUGACGGAUGGUCUCCCUUUACUGUCUCGCCCUACAAGAGCUUGGGCAGUACUAUCUGUGGCAUUAAACAGCUGGGGAAAAAAAGAAAAAAAAAAUAGUUAUUGCUUUUUGUAACACCAAUUGUCUACUCCUGCCAUCCUGGUCAGAGUUAAGCAAUCAAUUUUUCCAGUCUGAAUCUUGGCAUAAGAGGGUUCUUUGUUACCAGGUGGAAGCUGUCUGAGCAGUGAGACUCCUUCAGAAUCAAACGUGAAUGAUACUUGUGCCAUGAUUUCUUCUUGUCAUUUCUUCCUUACACUUUCAUUUGGCUCAAGUGCUGAUGCCUCAUUUCUGUUCUGAGCAUUCCCUUAUCAAGUAUCUCUUUUCUUACUGCUGCACUUUUAAAAAUCGUUGCCAUCUGAACAGACUAUCAUCACUGUCUCGAAGACGUCGCCCUUCACACUGCAUGUUCUCUCAUUACAUCCCCUGGCUUUAUAUGCAUUCUGAUAUUUCCAGACGAGUCAGAAGGAAUUGACUUUGAUAGGAAUAGGAACAAACAAAGAGAAGUUACUUAUUUUUAACACAUAAGCAUUAUGGACUUCAACAUGCUAUGUGACGGUGAUGUAUGUAACUGUGCAAUAUGCAAUAUUUAAAGAUUGCUCAAGUCACAAUAUUAAACUGACAAAUGUUGCCCUGUGUUCGGUAAUGCUGAGGAUAACUUUAUUUUCCCUUAUUUUAUUGGUAUAGCAAGUAGACAAAAUUGUAAAAGCCUUGCUCACCAGACUGUCGUUACUUGAUCCAACUGGAUGGAGGACUGUGAGCUUCCUCGGGGGAGCAGAAACAUGGAGUUAAUUAUGGAAAGCUAGAGGGGGAAUCUGAACUCGAGAAUGCUAUUCAAAUGUACAAACAAAGUCUGAGCAGCGAUGGAUUUUUU